GGCGGUCGUCCUGGCGGCGGCGGGGGUGGUCAGAUGGCGAAGACGGGCCCCGGCUCGGACCCCAACAUGGCCGCCGAAGAACAGGUGCGCGCCAUCCUGGAGGAGCCCAUGUCGGACGUGAGCUUCACGGCACUGCCCGACCCCGCCCCCAACGACCUGGGCGCCAUCGAGGAAGCCUUCAACUCGGAGGCGGCACGCCAGCUCUUCACCUCCAGUGUCAGCCUCGACUUUGACCUUGGCAACCUGCUGUCCGAGUAUAAGGUGGAGGAACUGCUAGCUGACGGCGGGCGCACGGCACUGAAUGAGCGGCGAAUGCGCAUGCGCAGACAGCUGUCUGCUUCCGGCGAGUUGACGCCCCAGCUGCAACAACUGAACCUGAGGGUCAAGGACGAGCCAGACAGGACCCAGUGUCCGGCGGAGAGGGGUCCGGGCCCUCCGGCCCGCUCCAUCGCCGUCAAUAACCCGCUGCUAGCUAGUCUGCUGGAGUCGUCCGGCGCCAAGGGUGCGGCCCCGCAGUGCGCGCCCAGUUCAGUACCGUCUCCGUCCUACGUGUCCGAGCCGUCGUUCGCCGGGCCGGGUCGCGCCGAUGGCGCCCCCUGCCACAUCAAGCGCGAGAAGCCUGACCCCUCUGACGGGCUCGGCGACGGUGAGUACUCGCUGCCGGUCGGCGGGCGUCCGCUGGCGCCUGUGGCGCCUGUCGUGCCUGUCGUGACGGUGGAGGGCAGUGGUGCGCGGUGACCGCCGACGUAGCAGAGCCGCUUCGAGUUGGGGGUGUCUAGUCAGCGUGCGCCUCUUCGUCCAUCUAUUCGGCUGGGGAACAGACGUGGUGUAGUGUCAGAUAUGCGUUACAGUUCUGGUAACCAGAUGGCCUUUUAGUAAUACGGAUGGCAGUUCGGGUAGCUGCAGCCACCUGUCGGGGGCGUCGC